AUGCUCCAAGCGCAGAGCCAGCACGUCUUCUCCCAUCAGCAUCAAUAUCCCCAGGCGGAUCCAUCGUGGUUGCAGCAUCAGCAACAGCAGCAGCAACACCAGGCCCAGCACCCGCACCAGCCGCAGCACCAGCAGCAGCACGCCUCCCUGGUCGCCCAACAACAUGCUCAGGUUCAGGCUGCCGCCGCUGCCGCGCAGCAGCAACAACACUAUGGUCGCCUUGCCAUGACCGGUAAUGGCGUUGGUAAUCCUGCGCAGAGCGGCGCUGGCGGGAUGGGCGAGGCCGGUCUGUCUAAUGUCUCUGUCAUGGAUGGCGGGAUCAGUGAGGAGAACCGAAAAGUGUUCAUCUGGGUCGCAGAGUUACUGGACCCGACUCGCAGAGAGGCAGCCUUGAUGGAACUCAGCAAGAAACGGGAACAGGUUCCAGAGCUUGCGCUGGUGAUUUGGCACUCUUUCGGCGUCAUGACCGCGCUGCUUCAGGAAAUCAUCUCAGUCUACCCGCUCCUCAACCCUUCCCAGUUGACCGCCGCCGCAUCAAAUCGGGUCUGCAAUGCGCUGGCGCUUCUGCAGUGUGUCGCCUCCCACAACGAGACCCGCACUCUUUUCUUGAACGCUCACAUCCCCCUCUUCCUCUACCCGUUUCUGAACACGACAUCCAAGUCGCGUCCCUUUGAGUACCUCCGCCUCACCUCGCUGGGCGUCAUCGGUGCGCUGGUGAAGAAUGACUCUUCCGACGUUAUCAACUUCCUCCUCACUACGGAGAUUAUUCCCCUCUGCCUUCGCAUCAUGGAGACGGGAUCCGAACUCAGCAAGACCGUGGCGAUCUUCAUCGUGCAGAAAAUCCUGCUGGACGACAUCGGUUUGGCGUACAUUUGUGCGACCUACGAGCGGUUCUACGCUGUGGGCACCGUUCUCAGCAAUAUGGUCACGCAGCUGGUGGAGCAACAGACAGUCCGGCUCCUCAAGCAUGUCGUGCGCUGCUUCCUUCGCCUGAGCGAUAACAGCAGGGCCCGGGAGGCUUUGCGGCAGUGCCUGCCCGAGCCCCUUCGGGAUGCCACCUUCUCGUCCGUACUACGCGAUGACGCUGCCACCAAACGCUGCCUCGCUCAACUCCUCAUCAACCUCUCCGAUAACGUCUCGGACGGCGCCCCGCCGGCUAUGUAA